ACAAUCCAGUUGUUGUGCCUAUGGCUGUGGAUGUUGCGUAUUAUGUCUGCUUAGGGAUAGUUAAUUUAAAGAUGGAAAUAGGUGAUAUUUCGAGUGCUAGUGAUUAAUUUUUCAGUGGAGAUAAUACAGUUUUGUCUAGAACGUACACUAAGAUGAUGUGAUGGGUAAAGGGACACUCACAAACUGCACCUCCUACAAAUGGUGUGAUAAAUCUGGUGGAAUGUUUCUUCAUGUGCUGAGACUUUUGUUGAAGAUGUUGUGAUAACAUUAGAAGAUUGUGCAUGUUUCCAAUUAAUGUAAAGUACAUAAAUUUUGUUCAAGAAAUCAAGUAGUGCCUUUAAAAUUUGCUCAGUAUAAGAAAGAGCAUGACACGUAUGGAAGUGACUGUGUAUGAUGUGGAUUGUACAAAACAUUGAUACAUCUACAUAUAGAUCAAGGAUCACUUGAAUAUCUUUCCAAGUAGCUACACAGUUUUGUUAUAUAAUGUUACAACAGGUUUUUAUUCACUCUUCACAUCCAUGCGCAUUUUUCAGGUAACUAAGCAAUGAGGAAUAGUCUUUUUAACUUAUGUAAGCUUUCUACCAUCGUAUGCUAUACAAAAUUGUAAGGUAGUAUUUCAUUAUUUUCAAUUGUAGUAAAUAAAGGAUGUGAUAGUGUUUCAUGUGUGUGACGUGAGUACAAAUAAUAAAAAAACAUGGGUCCAGAGGAAAGGUUGAGGGAAUUGGAGCAGCUUUUUCUUGGUGGACCUGUUGUUGCUAGUGGAAACAGUUUCAGUGUAGAAACUCUGUUGGAUGUGCUUCUGGUUCUUUAUGAAGAAUGUUGCAAUUCUUCGCUUCGUCGAGAAAAAACGGUGUCUCAGUUUAUAGAUUAUGCCAAGCCAGUAGUACAGAAGAUUAGGAAUCUUUGCUUAACAAAAGAUGAUUUUGAAAUCAUUAAGGUGAUUGGUCGGGGAGCCUUUGGUGAGGUUGCUGUGGUCAGACAGUUGAGAGAUUCAGAUAAAGUUUAUGCUAUGAAGAUUCUCAACAAGUGGGAAAUGUUGAAACGAGCAGAAACAGCUUGUUUCCAUGAAGAAAGAGAUGUACUGGUACAUGGAGAUAAACGCUGGAUUACCAAUCUUCAUUAUGCUUUUCAAGAUGACAGUAACUUGUACCUAGUAAUGGAUUAUUACUGUGGUGGUGAUCUCUUGACAUUAUUAAGCAAGUUUGAAGAUAGGUUACCAGAAGAAAUGGCAAGGUUUUAUAUUGCAGAGAUGAUACUGGCCAUAGAUGCCAUCCACAAACUAAACUAUGUUCACAGAGAUAUUAAACCUGACAACGUUCUUUUAGAUGCUAAUGGCCACAUUCGACUGGCAGAUUUUGGUUCAUGUCUCAAGUUAUGUGAAGAUGGAACAGUUCAAUCUAAUGUUGCCGUGGGUACUCCUGAUUACAUAUCUCCAGAGAUUCUCCGGGCAAUGGAAGAUGGUCAGGGAAGAUAUGGACCAGAAUGUGAUUGGUGGUCACUAGGAGUAUGUAUGUAUGAAAUGUUAUUCGGAGAAACACCUUUUUAUGCAGAAUCUCUCGUGGAAACAUAUGGAAAGAUCAUGAACCACAAGAAUUGUUUUGAUUUCCCUGAUGAUCCAUUACUCACUGUAUCUAAAGAAGCCAAAGAUCUGAUGACAAAGUUGAUUUGUAGUGCCGAGUGUAGGCUUGGACAGAAGGGAAUAGAGGAUUUUAAAAAUCACCCAUGGUUUGAAGGCGUUGACUGGGAUCAUAUAAGAGAUGGUCUAGCUCCCUACAUCCCUGAAGUAAGUAGUCCUACGGACACAUCUAACUUUGAUGAUGUCGAUGAAAAUGAUUUGAAAGGCAAUGACUCUGUGCCUCCCAGUGCAAACUCUGUAUUUUCUGGUCUUCAUCUUCCAUUUAUAGGCUUCACUUACACAUUUGGGAGUUUUUCAAAGCCUUCCAACUGGACUGUAUCAUCUUACAGUGAAGACCAGGUUGACCAUUUAUCAGAUAAAUCUGUGAAUUGGAAGAUAAAGGAGCUAGAGAGGGAAAAAUUAGAUAUGUCAAAAAAAGUAAAAGAAUUAACACUUGAACUCCAUCGGAUACAGCAGGAGCAUACAGAUGCUGUUAUCACUAAGCAACAGUUGGACCCAUUUGGUGGGGAAAGGUCAACUCACGUUGCUAACUUAGAAAAAACUAUAUCACAGAUUAGACUAGAGAGAGAUGAAUUACGCAAGGAUCUGGAAGAAUCUGAGGAAAAGCUAAAACAACAAGCUAAAGAACUUAAAGAUGCUCUGGGACAGAAGAAACUUGCCAUGUCAGAGUACUCUGAAGUUAGUGAUAAGUUGUCAGAAUUGCGAGCCCAGAAACAGAAGCUCUCCAGACAAGUGCGAGAUAAAGAAGAAGAAGUAGAAAAUGCCAUGCAGAAAAUUGAUAGUUUGCGCCAAGAGUUGAGAAAAGCUGAAAAGCUAAGGAGAGAGUUUGAGUUCCACUUUGAAGAGUCACAAACAGAGGUGUCCAAAGAGAAGAGGAUGAGAGAACGUAGUGAAGAUUAUGUUCGCCACCUGGAGGAAGAAUUAGAGUCUUUAAAACAGAGACAAGUUGGGCGAGCUACAAACAACACAAAUUCAGAGGCCACUCAGGAAAUCAACAGAUUAAAAACUGAACUAGAAAACUUGAAUGGCCAACACAAAACAGCUCUUGGCCAACAACAAGCCAAGUACACAACAGAAGUAACUAACCUUAAGGAACAAGUGCAGGAAGCAGACAACAAAGUAGAGAUACUUCAGAAAGAAAUCUCAGGGCUUAAAGAAAAACUUGAACAAGCAAGAUCAGAGAGUGCCUUAGAAAACCAAGAAAUGGUUAACGAAAUGAAACGUAUUCAUGAACGAGAGAAAAAUAUGCUUCAUGAGGAAAACAAAAAACUUGUGCAAGAAAUAGAACGGUUAUCAGAAGGAAUAAGAAAACAACAAGAUGAGAAGAAACGAGUAGAGGAAGAGUUAAAUCAACUGUUGGAAAAGAAAGACUCCAUAGCUCAGUGGGAAGCUCAGAUUAGUGAAAUAAUUCAGUGGGUUAGUGAUGAGAAGGAUGCCAGGGGGUACCUUCAAGCUUUGGCUACUAAGAUGACUGAAGAACUAGAAUGGUUGAAAAUGAGUGGUGUUCCUUCUGCUGAGAAAAACUGGAGAAACCGACGAUCCCAGAAGUUAGAUAAGAUGGAACUUUUAAAUCUUCAGUCAAGCUUAAACAGUGAAAUUCACGCCAAGCAAGCAAUUGGUGAAGAACUAUCUCAUGUACGAGCAGAUCUAGUAGCCCAACAAAAAGAACUGAGAGAAUGUCAGCAGAAGUUGGAGUUGUCUCGUAAGGAAUUGCUUAAAAAGGAUUCUCACAUCAAAGAACUUCAACUCAAGCUUGAAAGGAUAGAAAGUGGGGAAAGAUAUUUAGAUCGCCCAUCUUCGCAAAUGUCUUUCUUAGACCAGUUCUUGAAAGACACGUCUGUACGGCUGGCCCGUAGCGACAGUGGCGAAGCUGGUGAUGAGGCAGAUGUAGAAGAUAACCAGCCUCCUUCUGUAUCCAGUGGGAAGUCUAAUGUUUCUGAUGACCAUCUUCCAUCACCUGUGUCACCUCUUGUAGAGUCCAAACCAAUCAUAAAUUUACAAACUCCUAAGUUACAGGCUAAAGCCCACCAGUUUUUAGUUCGAACUUUUGUUGCCCCUCUGAAGUGUAAUCUUUGUACCUCACUCAUGGUAGGAUUAAUCAGACAAGGAGCAGUGUGUGAAGUGUGUGGAUUUGCUUGUCAUGUAGGAUGCCAAGAUAAAGUUCCCGCUGUUUGCCCUGUUCCUGCAGACCAGACUUCAAGGCCUGUGGGAAUUGAUCCAACCAAAGGAAUUGGCACAGCUUAUGAAGGCUAUGUGAAGGUUCCAAAACCUGCUGGAGUGAAGAAAGGCUGGAUGCGACAGUUUGUGGUUGUUUGUGAUUUCAAGUUGUUUUUUUAUGAUUUACUUCAAGACAAAAAUGCCCAACCAUCUGUCUGUGUUUCUCAGGUUUUAGACAUGAGAGGUGAAGAGUUUUCUGUUAGUUCAGUAUUGGAGUCUGAUGUUAUACAUGCAAACAAAAAAGACAUCCCUUGCAUAUUCAGGGUCACAACAGCUAUGAUGGAUCCUCCUGGUUUACGUAAUCACACCCUCAUGCUAGUUGACCGAGAAAGUGAGAAAAAUAAAUGGGUAGAUGCUUUGAAUGAACUCCUUCGUAUUCUUCGUAGAAAUAAACAUCCAAACCGAACGAUAUAUCAAGCAAAGGAAAUAUUAGAUAGUACAUUGGUUAUCACAAAAAAUGUUCUGUCAGCUGCAAUAAUAGAUCAGGACCGAAUUAGUCUUGGGACUGAAGAAGGUUUAUACUGUGUAGAUUUAGACAGUGAAGAAAUUGCAAGAAUAGGAGAUGGCAAGAAGAUUUCUCUCAUAGAGUACAUUGCUGAGGAACAGCUUCUUAUAGUUGUGUCUGGUAAGCAGCGUCACAUCCGACUGAUACCAAUUCGAGCUCUUGAUGGUCAUGACGUUGAUUGGAUUAAGGUGUCAGACACAAAGGGAUGUGUUUCUUUGUGUGUUGCACCUCUUCAGAAAGAAUCAGGCCAUGUAUACCACUUCUGUGUUGCUGUGAAACGUCAGGUUGUAGUUUACCAGAUAAAUCGCACCAAAGGACGACAUCACAAGUUUCGUGAAAUAGCUCUACCUGCACCAGCUCAGUGUAUGGAGGUGAUGAAUGACAAAGUGUGUGUGGGCUUCCCUUCUGUUUUCUAUUUGUACUCAUUACAAGAAGAUACUCCACCAAUAUGUUUAGUUCAACCAGAAAGUAGCGCCCUCUCUUUUCUUAUUCAUAAUCCUAUGGAUGCUUGGAUAGCAAUAGAAAUUUCAAACAGAGAGUUUCUUUUAGUUUUCAGCCAUUUUGGGGUUUAUGUUGAUCAUGAAGGCAAAAAGUCUAGAGAAAGAGAAUUAAUGUUUCCAGCCAUCCCAGUAGCAGUCAGUUACAGAGACUCGUUUUUAACUGUCUAUAGUGACACUCACAUUGAUGUGUUUGAAGUUUCUUCCAGUGAAUGGGUUCAGACAAUCAAUAUUAGAAAAACUAAGCCUCUCAGUAGAACUGGUGAGCUAUCCAUUACAUGGGCAACAGACCUCCCUCAUCUCAUCUAUCUGCAUAAUGUUCAACACAGAGACAACCUUGUACGGGUACCCGAAGUGAUGGUUCAGAAUGUACGUGGUAGAUCUGGGAAAGCUGUCAUUGCACGCACCAGACGGAGAUUCUCAGUGAGAGAAGCAGGAAAAGGAGGACGCAUUACUGACAGAAAGUCCAGAAUGAUUUCGGGUCCAACAAACUUCAACCAUAUUACUCACAUGGGGCCCGGAGAGUUCUACAACUUGAAAGAUUUACCAACUGCUCAAGAAGAGAAGAUGCACAGAGUGAGGAGCUUGUUGCAGCAAGGAAAAGUUUCAAUACAGAAAGGACAACCAGGAUCUAAUGCUUCAUCUGAGAGGCCUUUUAGUUCUCUAUCUCACUCCCAUAAUGGUGGCCCCAUAGGAAGACGACCUGCUCCUCCAACCCCACAGCGACCAUUUUCAUCAUUGACUGCAGGUUCUCCAGACAGUUCUCAUUCUUCUCAGGAGCACUCUGCAACUAAUGUUAGCAGCCUAACAACUGGAUCAGGUCAUGGAAUCUCAGGACAAGAGGGACAUGGAGAGGAGUCCAGUCCUCGACAUUCCAUUGUCUCCAACAAUAGCUCCAAUUUGAGCUUCCCUCCAAGUCCAGAUGAUUCUAGAACUCAUUAUGAUGAUGGAGAACAUGGCUCCUCCAGCUAUGAUUCCUAGAACAAAAACAAGAAUGAAAGAAAGUAACAGUUUCAAGUCAUCAUAGGAUGAACUUAUUAUCAUAGUGAUCCAUAGAAGAAGGGGCUUCCAUGAGUGUAACCAGUGCAUGAAAGGAAGGCUUUUGAAAGAAGUGUGUGUUUAGAUAUCAAUUAAUAAGAAAUUAUAAAAUUUACCAGAUUACUGAUACAAGCAUAAGAAAGUUAGUCCACCAAAGACUAAACUGAAGGUUGUACAAAAGGUUUGGAAUAUCUAAAGGAAGCACCUCAAAGUCCUACAUGAGUAGUGAUGUAUACAUUUAUUCCUUUUUCUAAAAUUUAUAAAAUGUCAGUUACUUGUGGUAGUUGCUGUUGCAAAAAAAAAGAAGCAUAUCAGUCCAUGUGUGUAUGUGUAUUGUUGUGUAAGGCUGUGUAAUAACAAACUAUUAAAUUUACUGCUCAGCUAAACUUUUAGAACAAAUCAUUGUCUUAAGAGAGGAAUAUCUGUACAUAUACACCACUUGGCUUCCUAUUGUAAUUAGAGGAACAAGUUAUUUAGUAAGAUAUAUAGCUGUCCAUAAUGUAGAUCAAAAAGGUUUGUUUUUAGUAGAAGAAAGAAAACAUUUAAUACAGUUGUUCAUUAAGCACAAUCUAUAUAUAUAUAUAUAUAUUGUGUGUGUGUGUGUGUGUGUUGUUGUAUAUGUAUGUGAAUUUUUGUCAGUUUCUACAAGAAAUAAAACAGUUUAGUGAUGAAAUAUAAGCUUUAGAUGUGUGAACAGUGUAGAAUAUUGUAUUGUAAAAUGAAAGCUGUUAAGUUAGCUAACCUGUUCCUCUUAGAAUUUUAUUUUCUUUAUUUUACUAAAGACUAUUUUUCAAUAUAAGCUAGAGAUUUUACUGUUACCUGAUACAUUUUUUGUUGUUUCUUUAAUCUUACAGCAACAGCACUAAAAUCCUAGCCACCUAUUGCUGGCUUUGUAAUGUACAUAUGGAUCUUUUUUUUUCUUUUAAACAGUUACUUUUAUAGAUGUAAAUGACUUUACAAAAACCAUUUGGUUUAUGUUUGAUUUUACUGAAACAUCUUUAUCUGAAAAUGUUGUUUCUAAUCACAGGUGCUCGUGAACAUUAUUGGUUAAUUACCUUUACAGAAAACAUUGCUGGACUUUGUAAUGAAAAACUAGAUCUAACACUGGCCUUUCCUAUUCUUUUGAUUUUGAGCAUAAUUUUGUAUUUUAAAUUCAUGCUUUUGUGAUAUGGAAUUGGUAAUGUUACUUUUGAUUUUGGUGUACGCUUUCCCAUUGAUCAUAUCUACUUUUAAUAUGGAGUUUGAUCUGUCUUGAGCCACAGCUUUCCUUAGAAUUUCAAGAAAAGAUCUUUGAUUAUUCAGCCUUAUCUUCUGGUGUGGAAGUUCACUUGUCAUUGGUAGUGUGAAGUUUAAUCUUAUCUGUUUCUGACUAUUUCUGUUAUUGUGGUGUGAAACUGAUUUCUUGUUGAUCGUCCUUUAUCCUUUUAUCUUUCAAUAACUAUUUUGUUUUAAUUAGUAUUCAGUCCAGUAUCUCAUUAGUCUUCACUUCUAAUAAGGAGGCUAAGUAUUCAAUUGUCAUUCAGUACAGUGGAAUAUGAAGAUUUUACUUUGUGGUAUUAGAAUAUCACUGGCUAUCUCUUCUCAUCUGAUGUAGAGCUUAUUGUUACUUUAGUUAUUUCUUAUUUUGUGUUAAAGAUAUUUAAAUAUUUUUAAAUUGUUUUAUUGGCUUUGAUCUGUAUCAGUAUAGAAUCCAAAACUGUGUGUGUUUUCUUGUAAGUAAAAACAUCACAGAAGAAUUGCGCUUUAUGUAAACUGUGUUUGCUGCCUCAUUAGAAAAUGUUUCAGUUUUGUUUUUUAAUUAAAGUUACUGCAGUUGUUCAAUGAAAGUCUUUGUUUGUUUGACUAACCACAGUUUGUUAUGCGUUAAAAAAACUGUAUAAUAAAGGGUGCACUUGCUAUUACAGUUUUACAAAAUAUUAAUUCUAAAAUGUUAAUUUUUUGGUAAUGAUGUGUGGCUGUAAUUUCAUGAAGCAACCCUACAGGUAUAAUAAUACCAGUAGAUAUCAUGAAAGUCAGUGAAGUUUAGUUUAUUUAAGUGAUUAUAUUAAAAUUUAUUGUAUCCAAGGGUCCAAUGUUUACCCGUCAUGUGAAUGCAAGCUUGUACAUGUGAGUGUGUAUACUCUUAUGGGCACCUGCAAUGACACACAUUCCUAGUUUUCCCAAGCAACUUAAUGUAUAGUACAUCACUGUGUCCUCAAGAUGACAGGACUACAGGCUGUAUUAACCUUGCUGAAGUAUGUUUCCAUGGUUGACCUCAAACAAGUGGUAGCCGUUGCCUAUGUGCUUGAGCAAAUGAAUUGUUAUUAAACACGAGGGGAAAUUGUUUAAGUUUGUAUUAAGGCGAAGUCCUCAUAGGAGUAGUUAUUUGCAGUAUUGUGUAUUAUUAUUAUUUUUUAAUCAUUACCUAUUUUAUUUAUUAAGAAAAUGUUACCUUAGACAUUAACACAGCACAGUCUUAUCUUUGUUUGAUUUCUUCUUCUUUUCUAAUAAAAAGAAUCUUAUUAAGAUUGGUAAAAUAAAUAAAUCUACCAUCUAUAGACAUUACCAUUAUCAGAGGUACCUAUUGGUGUAAAAAUGACUUUCUUAAAGGUACCAGUGGAACACUUGAAAGUGUCUUGCUUGAAAGGAGAGCCAGUGUCAGUUAUGUUUUCUUAUUAAACAUUGAUUGGGUUGUUUUAGUUUUGUUUCAAAAAGGUUUGGCCAACAUUUUUCAUUGAUUUUUUUUUUUUUAGGGGGACCAUUUUUGUUGAUCUUGUGCAAUGACAAAAAGAGAUAUUGGUGUAGAAAUAAUAGCUCUUGGCCUAAAACUUGAACUUACUUAAAUGGUCAGUGAUUUUUUUUAUCACUUCUUCUACACUGUUUUAGGUUUUUAUUCAUCAAAGCUAUUUGUUGCAUUUCCUUCAUUAGUCACAAACAUAGUAAACCCUUAUAACCACACCAUGUGUCAUUUUUAUAGAGGAGUUAUUAAUCUAGAAAAUAUCAUGAAGCAAAGUAGUCUGUUUUCUGUUGCAUCAAUAAGUUCAAGCUGCUGAGAGAAAGAAAAAAGCACAUUAUUUGUAGCUCGGUAAGCUCUUCACAGAGGUUAUAAAAGAACAUUGUGAUGUUGUCGACUGAAGCUAUGGGUUCACCUCAGGGAGGUAACCUUUAUGGAGAUUUGUACUCAACCCUAUGAAAAUUAUUUGCCUUGAUAUAAACUGUUGAAGCUAAACUUUUUAAUCAAAAAGUUAUAAUUUAUUCAUAUAUACAACAUUUUCUCUAUUGUGUAAAUAGGCAUUUUCUUUUCUUUUUUUCUGCAAAAUCCUGUAAAAUAUUUAAUUUCUUUUUUCCUUAUUUUAAACGCCACAUUUGUUAUAUAACAUUACAUUUCAAGAGACCAACGAUAAUUAUGAACUCAAGGUUUCCAUGCUUAUUUUAUUUUUGUACACUACAAAGGUCGUAGAAGUUAAUUUUAGAAAGAAAUUCUUAACAUGUUCUAUGGGUAAACAUUAUCAAAGCAUUAUUGUCACUGAUCAACAAUGGUGCUUCUGAAAGUAGAAAUGUAAUAAUCAAUCUUGAUUUGUGUAAUGUCUGUUAAAUAAAGUCAGAUGUUUUAUCAUUA